CCUCUCAGCAUCACUGGCGUCUGUCAUCCAGCAGCAGCAACAACAACCACCACUACAACAACAACCUCUACAACAACAACAACAACCUCUACAACAACAACAACAAGCUCGUCUCUCACCAUCUCCCAGCAGCACGUUCCGCGGCUUCGAAGGCGGUGUUAUUGACGCACACAAAAAGACAAGUUGCUCUUAGAGUACGCGGAAGGGAGCCGCUGGGGUGCCUGGUUGGGCAAAGCGAGGAGGGGUGGGGCGGAUCGCUGACCCGAAGCCCCGUUCCGCCACGCUGCUCCGAGCCCCUGCACUUCUCGCCAUCCCACGGAACACGCAGCUCGGGGAUAGAGAGCACCGUUAAUCGAGGGCAGAUUGGCGCAGCUCACGGAGAGAGUACAACAAGGAGGCUAUGUUGCACAGAUACACCUGUUAAUGCGGUUCACACGGUGCACACGCAAGCUACCUAGCGCGGAUGCACUGACCGCGCGGUGUAUUCAAUACACGGGCAAGAUCCAUUGUUGAAAUACGUUAUCGACGCAGUUCACACACCCAUUGCAGUGGACAUAGUUGACAUGCAUUGUUCACGUAAUACGUGCACCCAAUACAGGCAGCACACAUAGCCGAGAAACAUUGUUCAAGUGUUUGAGGUACAUUGUAUUGUACAACGUUUGUCAUUGAGCGAAUAGUUUAUACACAAACAGCACAGACGUCUUCACGUAGCUCGGUUCCAAGCAGUGACUCAUCUUGAAUUUAUAUCAGGGAUCGGCUGGCACCAAGACCGUAAGAAGUGGAGGCAUUGGGUCGCUUGGCGCGUCAGUGGCACGGGACAGACUAAGCACGAAGUAUCCACUCUAAUCCACGCACACGCACGGCGCUCACCCCCGCAGUACGAUUUGUCCAGGCGUCCGUUCUGAAGCACGCCUGAGCCCUCCCACUCUCGCGCCGCCGUAAGCCAUGUCGUCGUCGUCGGUGGCGGCGGCUCUGGAGGCGGUGGUGGUGGUGGCGUGCGUCUGCCGCCUGCACCUGGCCUCGUGGGGGCCGCUCACGGCCUCGCUGCUCCUCCUCGCCGUGCAGACCUUCUACACGCAGCCCAAGUGGGGCCGCCUCAUCGGCGCCUCCCCGACGCUCGGCGCCGCCUUCCGGCCCGGCUCGGCCUCGGCGUGCGGCCUGCUGGCGGGCGGCCUGGCCGUCCCGCUCGUCGCCGCGGCGCUGGCCCACCGCUGCGCCGGCACGGCCGCCAAGGCGGCGGCGGUAUCGGCGGCGCUCUCAUCGUCGCUGCUGCUGUCGCUCGCCUCGCUGGUGGGGCUGCUGCUCACACGGCCGCUCCCGCGUCGGACUUGCGCCGUCUACGUCGCCACCACCGCCCUGGCGGUCCACGCGCUGCGCGGCGGCGCCGGCGCCGACGGCGCCGCCGCGAUCGCCGGCCUCCUCCUGGCAUCGGCCGCCUUCCUGCUCCUGCUCUUGGUGGCGCUGCCCGGCAGCCUGUCGCUGGGCGAGGCGCUGGUGGUCGCCGAGGGGCUGGGCGCGCUGGCGCACUGCCUGGCGACGUGGACGGUGGCCUCGGGCGGCGGCGCCAAGCGGGAUGAGCUGACGAGCGUGCUGCUCGUGGUGAGCGCCGGCGCCGUGGUCGCCGGCGCCAUCUUCGGCCUCCUCUUCCGCUUCAUGACGUCGAACCACCUGGCGCGCGCCGUCUACUUCUACGGCCUGUGCCUGGUGUUCGCGCUCGGCAUCCUGCUGCCCUGGCUGCAGCACCUGUUCCACUCGGACCCCUUGCUCUGGCUCGCCGACUUCCUGAGCCGGCCGCGCGACCGCCGCUACACGAUCGCCUACUGGGCCUUCCUGCUGGCGGGCGCCGUGGCGCUCGCGGCGGCGCUGGGCGGCGCGGCGUGGCCCGCGGGCGGCGCCCUGCCCCGCACGGCGGCGCGCAAGGCCUUCCACGCGUUCGCCGUGGCCGCCUUCCUGCCGGGCCUGGCGCGCGACCGCGCCCUGCUGCACCUCGCGUCCGUGGCGGCGGCGGCGGCGUUCCUGGGCCUCGAGUACGCUCGGGCCUUCGACGUGCGGCCGCUGGGCGGGAUCCUGCGCGCGUCGCUGCCGGCGCUGGUGGACGAGCGCGACUCGGGCCCGCUCGUCCUCACCCACAUCUACCUGCUGCUCGGCAUGGCGCUGCCCCUGUGGCUCUCGUGGCCCGCCUGCUGCCCCCUGGCCGGCGCGGCCGUCGGCCUCCCGUCGCUGGCGCCGUACGCCGGCGUGCUGGCGCUGGGCGUGGGCGACGCGGUCGCUUCGGUGUUCGGCUCGGGCCUCGGAUGCUGCCGCUGGCCCGGCACGAGCAAGACGGUGGAGGGGACGGCGGCGUCGGUGUUCGCGCAGGUGAUGGUGCUGGCCGUGGUGGCGGUGGCGGACGGCGCCGUGCGGCUCGGGUCGGAGUACGCGUCGGUGCUCGUGUGCGUUACGCUCGCGGCCCUCCUCGAGGCCUUCACGGCGCAGAUCGACAACCUCCUGCUGCCGCUGUACGCCUUCGCGUUGUUCCUCGCCUGAGCGACGACGGCGGUGCCACCGGCGGCAAGGUGAAGCGUGCCGAAUCGGCUCGUCGUCAUUUCUACCUCCCUCGUGUUUUCCGUCGGCAGCGCGUUUUCAGGUCGUGCCGCACAUUCGGUAUGACGCCGUGGUACGAUCCGACAAACCGCGUCCCUACGGGGUGGUGGGGGUGGAGGGGGCGAUUCGGCUCGCUAGACGUGAAAUCCUAUGCGUUGUUUCCCUCGCUAGAAGCUCACGGUCUGGCUUUUCAUUCCCAGUGGCCCUUCCCGUACAUGUGUGUGUGUGAUGCAGGGAACGUACACACGGCUGCCUUGCAUGCAUGUGCUGUCUCGUCUGUUUCGGCCGUUUGUUUUCAUGGCUACUAUUCUUCUUAAAGAGAUUACUUAUAUAAUUUCACUUGGGGUCACACUGCCAGAUGAUUUUUUUUAUCAUAUCGUGAAGGUUACCGCACAGCAUUUUUGUCGUCGUAUUUUACAAUCUCAUUUUUUUGGUCGAAAAAAAUGAGUUUUGUUCAAAUUACGUGAAAAGGGGGAUAAGGAUAUUUAUUUUCUGCAAUAAUUUUUUGGAGCGGCGACGUGUAGCGGGUCUGCUGCGCAUUGCACUUCGACCGUGAUAUUCUAAGCGGUUCUCCCCCCCCCCCCCCCGCAUUGACCAGCGCGUGGUGAAGUAUGGUCACGCACACUUCACCCGUGACCAAUGACACCAUGAGGGGGGGGAGGGGGCAUUGAUACAAAAGUGGAUCGACAAGAGGGCUGUGAAAGGAAAUUGGGUGACACGGGUUAAGACGUACCUCCUACUUCCUGCACUAGAGAACCCGGUCUUUAAAAUCAGUUUGCCGCCUGACCUCGUUUGCUCUAAAGUGGGCGCUGUGAGCCCGGAGACACCUGGUCGCCCAAAAGAGAUCACUAUCGUUGCACUCGAAAGCACUCGAGGUACGUAGCGGGGUGGUUCACGUCGAUGCUCACGCCGGCCAUGCGCGCCCAAAUUGUGUGUAGGCGUGAGAGAUAUGAUCCUCAUGGCGGUAACCUGGGGUACCAAAUAAUUAAAUAUUUUAUUUAUGGGACACAAUUUUUUCCAGGGGUGUACUUAACUCCGCGACUGGGGUAUCAAUCAAUCUGAAAUCAGUGUCACUCCGCGAUGUCGAAACGCAGCGAGGACGAUAGCGCUGAAACCCUGAGCGCUCGUACGCACCGUGGUGGUGCAUCGUGUACAGCUCGUCGAGAUGAGUCGAUUGCCGCAUCGCCGACCAUCAACAGACUAAAAA